AUGGGAUUCUUUUGGAAAACUGCCAAGUUCGGAAUCAGAGUGGGGCUGGUUGUCGGCGCCAUAAAACUAUCAAUUGACAAUGAUAUUUGGUCCACGAAUAAUGUUAAGGGUUCUGAGCUUUAUCAGAAAUUGAAAAAGUAUAUCGUACCAGGAACCCUUGUUUUCCCAGAACAACUUCCAUCAAAGCAGGACGUUGAACUUGAAGUCGGCGGUCGAUGGAACAAUGGAGUUGAUAAAGUAUUCAAUGCCAUCGAGAAGGUUCCAUCGAGUUUGAACACCGUAGCGAAUCGUCUUAUUAAUAAUAAGUAA